AUGCCUGCCAUCACGGAUCCAGCACAGCAAUUUGACACGAUUGAGGACACAAUUAAGGCCUUUAGGCCUCCGUCGUUUGAAUCCAUCAUUAACGGUGACUCACCCCCAGGCAAUGGCGAAUUCAUUAUCGUGCUCGACUCGCAGGACCGCGAGAAUGAAGGCGAUCUCAUAAUUGCAGCCGAGUCUAUUACAGCUGCCCAGAUGGCAUUCUUGGUGCGCUAUACGAGAUGCGGAAGCUUUGGCCUGGGCCCAUACCUUACCCCAAUCUGCAUGCUCACCACGCUUUUCUACAUCAGUGGAUUGAUAUGCGCUCCCAUUACUCCGGACCUAGCCACCCGCCUCGGCCUCCCCCAAAUGGUCGUCGAAAACGCCGACCCCAAGGGCACCGCCUACACGAUCACAAUCGACUCGAGUGACGACUCCGUGACCACCGGAAUUUCUGCAGAAGACCGCGCGCUCACUUGCCGUACACUUGCCUCCCCAGGUGCUCAGAUCGACUCUUUCCGCCGGCCCGGCCAUAUCAUCCCGCUCCAGGCGCGGCCGGGUGGUGUGCGCGAGCGCAAAGGUCACACCGAGGCUGCGGUCGAGUUCUGUCGCCUGACGGGCAAAGCACCAGCCGGUGUCAUUGCGGAACUCGUUGAAGGCGGCGAGAUUGUUGAGGGCGUCGCGGAGAUCCGUGGGAAUAACGGUAUGAUGCGACGGGAUGCAUGCUUGCGGUUUGGAAAGAAAUGGGGAAUUAAGGUCUGUACCAUCGAGGAUUUGGUCGCUUAUCUAGAGAAGACGGAGGGUGUUACGAAUGGGCGGCAUUAA